GAGUCGUACCGUCAGGACAGAGAGGCCGCCAUUUUGGAGUUAAUGCAGUUCUUCAUCAGGAGCUCCGGAUGUAAGGGAAAGAUUACGCCACACAUGAGGGAGAGCUUAGACAACGGACAGAUCAUCCGAGCGCUGGUCGAGGAGUUCGACGAAGAGGGCGCCGACUAUCCACUGGUGAUGACUGGCCCGCAGUGGAAGAAGUUUAAGAGCAACUUCUGCGAAUUCAUCCACACUUUGGUCCGUCAGUGCCAGUACUCCAUCAUCUACGACCAGUUCCUCAUGGAAAGCAUCAUAUCAUUGCUCAUCGGACUGUCCGACUCUCAGGUGCGCGCCUUCCGACACACGGCUACGUUGGCGGCCAUGAAGUUGAUGACGGCUUUAGUGGAUGUGGCGCUCACUCUGAGCAUCAAUUUAGACAACACUCAGCGCCAGUAUGAGGCCGAGCGCCAAAAGACACCCUCGAACUCGAAGAGACCGUCCGAGCGAUUGGAUCUUCUGAUGAGUAAACGUCAAGAACUGGAGGAGAAUAACGAUGACAUCAAAACAAUGUUGGGAUAUCUGUUUAAAUCGAUUUUCGUGCACAGAUAUCGAGACACUUUGCCUGAGAUCCGGUCCAUCUGUAUGACAGAGAUCGGCAUUUGGAUGAAGCGAUUGCCGGGAAUAUUUCUGGACGACUCGUACCUCAAGUACGUCGGAUGGACUCUUCACGACAAAGUGGGAGACGUGAGACUCAAAUGUCUUCACUCUCUUCUGCCACUCUAUGAGAGCGAAGAGAUAACUCGCAAAAUGGAAUUGUUUACCAAUAAGUUUAAGGACAGAAUCGUUGCCAUGACUUUGGACAAGGAGUUCGAAGUGGCCGUACAGGGCGUCCGACUCAUCAUUAAUGUCCACAAACAUCACAGGGAUAUACUGACUGACAAAGACUGCGAACACGUCUACGAAUUGGUUUACGCGACCCAUCGGUCUGUGGCUCAGGCGGCCGGAGAGUUCCUCAACGAACGCCUCUUCCAAGUGGACGAGGAGUCGACGGCGAACCUCAGGAGCAGAAGAGGCAAAAAGCGGUCCCAACACUCGCCUCUCAUCCGAGAUCUCAUUCAGUUCUACAUUGAGAGCGAACUCCACGAACACGGAGCCUAUCUCGUGGACAGUCUCAUUGAGAGCCACCCUAUGAUGAAGGACUGGGAGUGUAUGACAGAUCUGCUGCUCGAAGAGCCCGGACCUGAUGAGGAAGCGCUCGAUGACCGACAGGAGACCUCACUCAUCGAGAUUAUGGUCUGUUGUGUGAGACAGUCGGCCACUGCCGAGACGCCCAUUGGUAGGGGCCCUCAAAAGAGACAACUGUCCUCUAAAGAGUCGAAACAAAUACAAGACGACAAGAACCGCAUAUCCGAACACUUUAUCCAGACUUUGCCGGCACUGAUGGAUAAGUAUAAGACAGACGCCGAGAAAAUAGCGAAUCUGUUGACAAUUCCCCAGUACUUCGAGUUGAGUUACUUCACGAACCAAACGGACCAAUUGGACACUCUUUUGCGACUAAUCUCUCAAACCGUUGAAAUCCAUUCGGAUAAAGACGUGUUGGACUCAGCCGUCAAGACAUAUGAGUACUUAAACGACGAUAACUUCUCUUAUGCCAGAAAUGUAUGGCUUUCGAAGAGCACAGCAAUCGAUAGUCUUUGCAACAAAUACAAGGAAUCGGUGAACAAUUUCAGCCAAAACCCAACCGGAGAUGAAGAGAAAGUGUUGGUUAUAAUGCAACUCAAGAAGAUUGCGGCCUUCUAUUCAUGCCAUGACUUGACAUCUUAUGGUCUUUGGGACGAUAUGUUCGACCGUUGGAUCAAAACUGCCAAUUCAGACCCCGAAGAAGUGCCAUACAAUGCAGUCAAGUAUGCGAUCAGUGCCUGUCAUAUGGGACUCGUAUGGGAAUUGCAUUUACUCUCGCAGUCGCGCGCACAGUCCGAUCACAGCCAGACUGUGAGGACUAAACUCUUUGAUUUCAUGACAGAAAUGCGUUCUUUACUUAACCAUCAAAGCGAUGAACUCGAGGAAGAGGCAUUUAACUCCAUUUGUGAUCUUCUCAUCAUAUUUUGCAAUCAAUUGGAAAACGACUCACCGGUUGUCGCAUCCCUUAUCUAUAAACCGGACGCUAAUCUCAUCCGAAAACUCGAGACUUUUAUUCAACAAAAAGUGUUCGUCGAAGAAGACGAGGAUGACACCGAAGACCCCAAUAAAACGAACAGUGGUUUGGAAGCACUCCAUAAGAAGCGUCACUUCUUGUCUGCAUUUAGUAAACUAAUCGUCUAUAACAUAAUCCCUGGCCGUCACGCGGCCUGUGUUAUCAAACAUUACGUAAAAUUUUACGGCCAAUACGGAGACAUAAUUAAGACAACGUUAGCCAAAGCUCGCGAAAUAAAUAAAGUGAUUUGUGCGAAGACUAUGGCCUCAGCUCUGGUCAAUGUGUUCGUUGAGCUGCGAUCGGAAGCGGCCACUAAUCCCAACGCAUUCACCAAACAGGACGACAACUUCCAGGCCCUCAAAGAGUUGGCCAAACGGUUUGCCCUUUCAUUCGGUUUGGAUAACAUGAAGAAUAGGGAUGCCGUGGCAGCCAUUCAUAGAGAAGGCAUUCAUUUCACAUUCAACACCAUUGAAAACCCGGAGAACCCGUUAGGACCGCCGCCUAAUCUUCCGUUUCUCGAGAUUAUCAGUGAAUUCUCUAAUAAACUCAUAAAACCAGACAAAAAGACUGUGCUCACAUAUCUGGACCGGUAUGUGAAGAACGCAUUGCCCGGUAUUCAUAACGACGAAUGGCAGCCACUAAUGAGCUAUAGGGCCAGUCUUAUACAACACAAUGAGUUUGAUUUGCCGGUCAAUAGAGCGCCGGGAAGACAGUACAGGGCCAGGAAGAGGGGCCGGGAGGACGAAGGGGAGGCAGAGGCCGAGGAUCAGCAGGAAAUGGAGUCCGAUCACGAGGGCUCCGAAAUGAAUGAAUAAUCAAACCAUACAUUUGUUAAUAGCAGUCACCAAAUGGUCACAUAUUUUCACAUUUUCUUACAUUAAUUAUCUAUUAUUUAUAACUUACGUGUCAAUCAUUUUCUUUUCAUAUUUGUAUUUAAAUCAACACUUCAUUUAAAUAUAGUUUAGACUCAAAGCUCUACUCUUAAAAACGAAAUUAAUAUGUAAU